AGCUCCGUUUCUUGUGGCUGCAAAUGCUUCUCUCAAAUUUCAUGGAUGAAUUCAAAUCGCUCAAACCAACUCCAUUCUGAAAAUUAACUUUUUUAAAAAAAUCCCUCUAAAAAAAUCUCUUUUUUUUUUUUUGCCAUCAACCACCAAACUACACCAAUCUUUCUGACUUUGUCACAGUUCUUCCCUUUUUAACAUUUCAUGAACUGGAAUCUCUACAACCCAUCUUCAAACAUAGUUGUCAAAGACUCUGCGGCCAUCUGAUACAACUUUCCUUGCAUCAUGGAUCAUAAAGUUCACCUUUUUCUGGUGCAUAGCUAUUUCUUCCAGUAUCUAUCUUCAGAAUUUUGAGUUGAUUUUUACUUGUAUUGAAAUGUUUCAUCACUUGUAUCUCUUGGACUAAAUAGUGGGUUGCAUUGUGUUUCUGUUCAGCUUAGCUUUUUAGUUUAACAUGGUGUGAAUGAUAUAGCAUGACUGGGACAUCUGUCCUUAUUAGCCAAACCCAUCUUUUGUCACUUCCACAUAAUCCAACUCAAAGCUCUGAAUUGAACACCAGAUUCAAUGAGCAGGGAUGGUUGCCUUUGCUGAAGAGAUGCAAGAGCAUGGAAGAAUUUAAGCAAGUUCAUGCCCAAAUUCUAAAAUUGGGCCUUUUCUGGGAUUCUUUCUGUGGGAGCAAUCUUGUUGCCACUUGUGCUUUAUCAAAAUGGGGCAGCAUGGAGUAUGCUUGCUCAAUCUUCAGGCAAAUUGAGAAACCUGGUAGCUUUGAGUACAACACCAUGAUUAGAGGGAAUGUCAAUAAUAUGAAUCUUGAGGAAGCUUUAUGGCUCUAUGUUGAGAUGCUUGAAGGAGGAAUUGAACCUGAUAACUUCACCUACCCGUUUCUUUUCAAGUCAUGUUCGCUAUUAGGUGCUCUCCAUGAAGGAAUGCAAAUUCAUGGGCAUGUUUUUAAGACAGGUCUUGAAGAUGAUAUCUUUGUGCAAAAUAGCUUGAUCAGCAUGUAUGGCAAGUGUGGGGCAAUAAAGCAUGCUGGUGCUGUGUUUGAGCAAAUGGAUGAAAAGAGUGUAGCUUCAUGGAGUGCUAUCAUUGGUGCUCAUGCUAUUAUGGAAAUGUGGCAUGAGUGUUUGAUGCUUCUUGGGGACAUGAGUAGUGAGGGACGCUAUAGGGCUGAGGAAAGCACCCUAGUUAGUGCUCUCUCUGCUUGCACUCAUUUGGGGUCUUCUAAUCUUGGAAAGUGCAUACAUGGGAUCUUUUUGAGGAACAUUAGUGAACUCAAUGUUGUUGUGAAAACUUCAUUAAUUGACAUGUACAUCAAGUGUGGGUGCCUUGAGAAAGGUCUUUGUGUGUACCAAAAUAUGGCCGAGAAGAAUAGAUAUUCUUACACUGUAAUGAUCUCUGGGCUAGCCAUUCAUGGAUGGGGUAUGGAAGCUUUAAGGGUUUUCUCAGAAAUGCUCGAAGAAGGUUUGACACCAGAUGAUGUUGUCUAUGUGGGUGUGUUAAGUGCUUGCAGCCAUGCAGGUCUAGUUGAUGAGGGCCUUCAAUGUUUCAACCGCAUGCAAUUUGAGCAUAAGAUCAAAUCAACAGUUCAGCACUAUGGCUGCAUGGUGGACCUCUUGGGGAGGGCUGGUAUGCUUAGGGAAGCCUAUGACCUCAUAAAAAGCAUGCCAAUUAAGCCUAAUGAUGUGGUUUGGAGGAGCCUUCUUAGUGCUUGUAAGGUUCACCUUAACUUUGAAUUAGGUGAGAUUGCAGCUGAGAAUCUUUUCAAGUUAAAUCCCAACAAUCCUGGGGACUAUUUGGUGCUAGCAAACAUGUAUGCACAGGCUCAAAAGUGGGAUGAUAUGGCCAGAAUCAGAACAAAAAUGGUUGAAAAACGCUUGGUACAAACACCUGGGUUUAGUUUGGUUGAAGCAAAGAAGAAGGUAUACAAAUUUGUUUCACAGGACAAGUCUCAACCACAAUGUGGCACCAUCUAUGAUAUGAUUCACCAAAUGGAAUGGCAAUUGAAAUUUGAAGGCUAUACACCAGACACGUCACAGGUGUUGCUUAAUGUAGAUGAAGAAGAAAAGAGGCAAAGACUGAAAUAUCAUAGUCAGAAGUUGGCAAUUGCUUUUGCACUAAUACAUACAUCUGAGGGAUCUCCCAUAAGAAUAUCAAGAAAUCUUAGGAUGUGUAAUGACUGUCAUACGUACACUAAAUUCAUUUCCAUGAUCUAUGAACGAGAAAUAACUGUAAGAGACCGUAAUCGCUUCCACCAUUUUAAAAAUGGAACUUGCUCAUGUAAAGAUUAUUGGUGAAUUUCAUUAUAUUUAUGCUUAAAGGGUUCUUUUAGAAAAAGGGGUAGAUUUUUUUUCCUUUCUUCAUAAUUCCAAUAUACAUAUUUCUUAUUUCAGUAAAUAGACAACCAGUUAACAUAAGAUUGGACAUUGUGGUAUCUCGAGUUCUAAUGAUGAUAUGUUGCUGUCCACAACACUCCAUUUACUUGUUAGUGAAAUUGUAAGCACAGCAAAAUAAGCAAAGAUGUUGGCCAGUGAAUUGAUAAAUUUGAUGAUGUGACUUUUAUUUUACUUAGGUUACAGAAGACAGUCACAGAAAUUCCGGGUUUUUAGAAACACAAAGCAAUUGGAGGAAAAACA